AUGCUCGGACCAAUCUGCGUGACCUUCAGCAUAGCAACCACUAGUAGCGAAAAACUCCGUGUCUCAGAGGAAGUAAUGAUCCUAGUAACCGGCCUAUUCAUGCUAGGCUUCGCCUUUGGACCAAUAAUCUUCGGUCCACUUUCCGAAUUAUACGGGCGGAAGCGACCGAUGUUCCUGGGCAUGUUUGUCUUUGCAAUCUUCCAUGUCCCCGUCGCAGUAGCCCGGAACCUCCAGGCAAUCUUCAUAUUUCGCUUUCUGGGUGGGGUACUUGCCAGUGCGCCGCCUCUUGCCAUUGUGUCGGGUAUUGUGACCGACAUAUUUGAGCCAGUAGAACGCGGCAUUGCCAUUUCCAUCUUCGCCGCUAGCUCCUUUGUCGGGCCUGUUGCUGGUCCAAUCACUGGUAGUUUCAUCACACUGUUAUCGGGGUGGCGCUGGACGGAGUAUAUCACCGCGACCUGGGCGUUUGCGUUCUCGAUCAUUGGCUUCCUAACCAUUCCGGAGACAUUUAAGGUGACUUUUCUCACGCAGCGCGCCAAGUGCCAGCGCACAAAGACCAAGAACUGGGCUUUCCAUGCCAAGCGGAGGAGAGCGUUGUUAGAGCCAAUUCUUCUUCUGCUCACGCUGCAUGUUGGGUUCAUCUAUGUAUUUCUGUAUAUCUGCUUCGAAGCCUAUCCAAUCUCGUUCCAGUAUGAUCGCGGCUGGCAGGAAGGAGUUGCGGCAUUGGCUUUCGUGGCUAUCAUUUGUGGCGUUGCUGUGGCGUGUCUGAUCAUCGUGAUCUUUUCCUUGACACGGUAUCGAAGUAUCUUUUGCCGCACUGGAUGA